UUUCUUGCUUGUUUUCUCGUGAUCACGACUUAAUUUCUCGUGAUCUCGAGAUAACAAAAGUUGUUUUCUCGUGAUCACGACUUAAAUUUCUCGUGAUCUCGAGAUAACAAAAGUUGUUUUCUCGUGAUCACGACUUAAAUUUCUCGUGAUCUCGAGAUAACAAAAGUUGUUUUCUCGUGAUCACGACUUAAUUUUCUCGUGAUCUCGAGAUAACAAAAGUUUGUUUUCUCGUGAUCACAACUUAAUUUUCUCGAGAUUACAAGUUGAUAACAACGUCAUUACUCAGAACGUGUUUGUUGUUUGGAAAGCGACAAAAGCGAAAUCAACAUGGAUGAACAAAUUCGUUUCUAUUUUGAUCAGGGACUCACUCAAGCUGAAAUUGCUUUGUGUCUGUCAGUGAUUGACAAUUUCCACAUUAGUGUUCGACAUUUGAGGAGGAGGCUGUCAAGUUUACAUCUUUAUCGUCGAAGAGAAUAUAGCGACCCUGAACGUGUUGUCAGGUUCAUUGCCAGGCAACUUGAGGGACCGGGACGUCUGCACGGUUACAGAAUGAUGUUUGAAAGAUGCCGUUUAAAUGGUUUGCGGCUGACCAGAGAAAUGGUGAGCGAUAUACAGUUAUGUCUGGAUCCAUUAGGUGUGGAGGAAAGAAGAGGUAGAAGGUUGCGGAGGCGACAUUACCGAGUGCCCGGCCCUAACUAUCUGUGGCAUUUGGAUUCAUAUGACAAGAUAAAGCCUUAUGGCAUAGGAAUUAAUGGCUGCAUUGAUGGUUUCUCGAGGCACAUCAUAUGGAUGCAAGCCUACUUCACCAAUAACAACCCAAGAGUAAUUGCUGGGUAUUAUAUCCGUGCCGUUGCUGAAAGAGUCGGUUGUCCUCAAAUAAUCAGGUCAGAUUUUGGUACAGAAAAUGUACACGUCAACAGGCUUCAGGAGUUUUUCCGUGAAGAUUCGACGGGAAGUGUUCAUGGACCUUGUGUCUUUCAAGGAACAAGCCAGGCGAACCAAAGAAUAGAAAGUUGGUGGGGUAUAUACAGACGGCAAAAUGCAGAAUACUGGAUGGACAUGUUCAAAGAGCUGCAAUCAACUGGGGAUUUCACUGGCGAUGCAACUGACAAAGGCCUUGUACAGUUUUGUUUUCUCUCAUUAAUUCAGGAUGAACUGGACACUGUUGUAAACAUGUGGAACAACCACCGAAUUCGACGUAGCAAUGGCCGUGACUUGCAACAUGGGAAACCCUUCCUCAUGUACAACUUACCAGAACUGUAUCUAUCAAAAGAUUACUUGAAUCCUAUAGAUCCUGAAAAAUUGGAUGUGAUCAUCAAUGAAAAUGUCUGCCUGUGGAAAUCAGACAUACCCUGUGACCGUGACUUGUAUGACCUCUGUGUUCUUGUUAUGGAGGAGAAUAAUUUACAACCAAGUGCAACAGCUCCAGAGGCAUUGAGACUCUAUAAAAAUAUUCGCCCUCUGAUUAGAGAACUUUUAGGUAUAUAGAUGAUGCUUAUAUGGCAUAAUCAUGAAAAGU